AUGAAACAACCCGUGGUACGGCUCGUGCGGCUGGGUCGGGUGCCGUACGCCGAGCUACUGGCACUGCAGGGAAGCUGGCUGCGGUUGCUGCAGGCGGAGCCAGGCACCGAGGCUCCGCUGAGAACUGAGGCAGGCGCGCUCCUGCUCUGCGAACCUGCGGGGCCCGUGUACACAACCGGGCUGCGCGGCGGCCUGACAUCCGAGGAGGUGACGCGGCUGCGGGCCUUGGGAGCCGAGGUGCACGUCACAGGCCGCGGCGGUCUGGCCACCUUCCAUGGUCCCGGCCAGCUCCUUUGCCAUCCAGUACUCGACUUGCGGCGCCUGGGCCUGCGUCUGCGUACCCACGUGGCGGCGCUGGAGGCAUGCGCCGUGCGUCUGUGCGAGCUGCAGGGCUUGCAGGGCGCCCGCGCACGGCCACCGCCCUACACCGGCGUCUGGCUGGGCGAGCAAAAGAUCUGCGCUAUCGGAGUCCGCUGUGGAAGGCACAUCACGUCCCACGGCCAAGCUCUGAACUGUUCUACCGACCUCACGUGGUUUGAGCACAUUGUGCCCUGCGGGCUGGUUGGGACAGGUGUCACCUCCUUGAGUAAGGAGCUCCAGAGGCACGUCACGGUGGAUGAAGUUUUACCACAUUUCCUUCAGGCCUUUAAGGAGACCUACAAGUGCACCUUGAUCUCAGAGGAUAGUUCCAGCUAAAGGGUGUUCUGAUUAUCAUAGUUGGUGCUGCCUUGGAAAUGACUGCAUUGGAAAGCACCAAGCCUGACUUGGAGUCACUGAAACCCAGAUUCUAGAUUUGGCCCUGUCAUUCACUCACCAUGAGACUAUGAGCAAAUCACGAGCUCUUAGCUACUGUUUUCCCAUGUAACCUGGGUUAUUUAUGCCUUCCCCACCUACCUCAUACAGAAGUGAUAACGUGAAAAGUAACACAUGCUACUUAAAUAUAAUGUAUUAGCACUACUAUUGAUAUCAUUUUCUAAGCUUAGAGUAUCAUUUCUUGAUUAUUGUUUCCUCAAUGCUCUAUUUAUUUGGGCAAUUCUGGGGUUCCAGUUCCUUUGAUAUUGUAGGAAUCGUGUCUCUGGGUGGCCCAGGUGAAGGUGAUUGAUUGCAUUCUGUAAUAAAGGGAAAACUUUAUAUUAAAGAACAGAAUGGGAUCCUGUCUUCUUGUGAUGAAUUCCCCAAGUCUGAUAGCUAUCUUUAAUUAGGUAACUUAAACCAGGCCAGAGACUGGGGGAAGAUAAAAAAAUUUCCCAAAGAUGCAAGGAAGUUUUUCUUAUAUGAGAUCUCUAAGUAUACAGGGCUUUGUAUUAGUUAUCUAUUGCUGCAUAACAAAUU